CUGGGACGGCCGGGUCGGGAAGGCGGAGGGUGCCUGGCGGCGGGGCCUGCGGGGAAAGCGAGAGGGCCGCGCGGGCGGUGGGGCCGAAGGGCUGGAGGUCCCGGUAGGAGGAAGCGAAGGGGCCCCCGGCGGACGGCCCGGCCUCGGUCGAGUAAGCCCAGAAAGAAGAAAUUGUCUAAAUGAAUAACAUGAAAUCAAAUAGAAAUCAACUUUUUAUUAUUUUAAGUCAAGAAAGUAAAAGUUAACCAUUGCUCUUUCUCCUGAAAUACUGUUUUAUUGCUCAAAGCAUCCAGUUUUUCUGAAACUCGUGAUGUCAGAAGGGAGAUCACCUGACAAAAAAAGAGCUCGUAGAAGUUUAUCAGUCGGCAAAACUAAAAAAAAUGAAUCUAAUUCUAUUAUUUCCUAUUUUAACAAUGCACCACCUGCUAAACUUGCCUGCCCCAUUUGUAGUAAAAUGGUCCCAAGAUAUGACUUAAACCAGCACCUUGAUGAAAUGUGUGCUAACAAUGACACCGUCCAGGUCAACCCAGUGCAUGGUGACUUAAUGAACUCAAGUAUGUCCACAGUGGAUUUAGCCAAUAUUGCCUUAGAAGAUGUAACUCCAAAGAUGUCAUCACCACCAAAGACAAGUUUAACCCCUGGCCAGAGUAAUAAAGGAAAAAGCAUAAAGCAGCAGACCAGUCCCUACUUUAAAAGUAAUGAUUUGGCAUGCAAAAAUCGAGAUGAACUGAGAAGUCAUAAUGUGAAAGUCAUUCCUCUGGGAAGCCUGUCAUCUAAAUUGUCCAGACAAUACAAAAAAGCUAAAAAGUCAAUACAUAAGAACAAGGAAUUUGCAAAUUGCGGAAUUGGAAAUCCACAGAAUUCCUUAUCCACAGUGGUUAAGAGCUUGGUUACCAACUGUUCUGAGAUUGAGGACAAGGAUCCAAUUUUGGAGAACAGUUCUCAAAAGGAAAAUGUUUUUGUAUGUGAUUCUCCUAUAGAAGAGAGUGCUCCCGAAUGUACUGUAGACAGCAAUAGAAUAACAGAAGCUGAAAGCCAAAAUACUACCCACAAAAGUGGGCAAUCAGCCCUCAUCCCUGGCUUCUCAGAUAAUUGUCCAAUAUUUUCACCAGAUUUAACUCUUGGGAAUAAAUUAAAAUCUACUUCGGAGGACAAUGUCGAAAAGCAGGAUAUCAAAGGAGUCCUUGGUAAAGAUGAUGAGAAACAUGAAGCAGGUAGUUGUGAAGAAGUAAAAAUCACGAUUGUUUCAGAAGCUGAAGCAAAGUUGUUGCAUUUGGAGGCAGAAUCUCAUAGUUCUAUAAAUGAUACUUCUAAAUCAAGUAACAUCCAAAAACUUUCUCUGGAAGGUGACAGUGGCUUAAAGGAUGAAGUCAUUCACAGCCUUCCUUUGGAACAGGGACCAAUCUGUGAUGUUCCUGGUAAAACAACUCAAGCAUCGCCGAGUCAUCCUUACUACCUUCAGAGUUUCUUUGUGGUGCUGAAAGCUAUACUUGAGAAUGAAGAUGAUAUGAUGCUCUUUGAUGAACACGAGAAGGGAAUUGUAACUAAAUUUUAUCAAUUAUCAGCUGGUGGUCAGAAGUUAUAUGUAAGACUUUUUCAACGUAAAUUAAACUGGAUUAAAGUGAAUAAAUUACAAUAUGAAGAGAUUGCCAGAGAUUUAACACCUGCAAUUGAAGAAUUGAAGCAAGCAGGCUUUCUACAGACAGAAUCGGAAUUGCAAGAACUCUCUGAAGUACUUGAACUACUUUCUGCUCCCGAACUAAAAACCCUGGCAAAGAUUUUCCACUUGGUGAACCCCAAUGGGCAGAAGCAGCAGUUGGUGGACACCUUUCUCAAAUUGGCCAGACAGCGUUCAGUCUUCACCUGGGGCAAGAGUCAGCCUGGAAUCGGUGCAGUGAUUUUGAAAAGAGCUAAAGACUUGGCGGGACAGUCAGUGAGGGUCUGUAGGGGCCCCAGGGCCGUGUUUUCCCGGAUCCUGCUGCUCUUCUCCUUGACGGACUCUGUGGAGGAUGAAGAAGCCGCCUGUGGGGGGCAGGGACAGCUUUCCACAGUGCUGCUGGUCAAUCUCGGCCGAAUGGAGUUUCCUAGCUACAGCAUCCAUCGGAAAACCCAGAUCUUCCAAGAUAGAGAAGAUCUCAUCAGAUAUGCAGCGGCCACCCACAUGCUGAAUGACAUUUCUGCUGCAAUGGCUAGUGGGAACUGGAAUGAAGCUAAGGAGCUCUCUCAAUGUGCAAAGAAGGAAUGGAACAAGUUGAAAAACCACCCUUCCCUGAGAUACCAUGAAGAUUUACCACUCUUUCUGCGGUGUUUUACUGUUGGGUGGAUUUAUACAAGGAUUUUGUCUCGAAUGGUUGAAAUAUUACAGAGACUUCACAUGUAUGAGGAAGCCAUCAAGGAACUGGAAGACCUUUUAUCUCAGAGGAUUUACUGUCCUGACAGCAGAGGCCGAUGGUGGGAUAGACUAGCUCUCAAUUUACACCAGCACUUGAAACGUCUUGAACCAGCUAUUAAGUGCAUCAUGGAAGGACUGGCAGAUCCAGAAGUAAGAACAGGACAUCGUCUUUCACUUUAUCAGAGAGCUGUGCGCCUGAGGGAGUCUCCAAGCUGUAAAAAGUACAGGCAUCUCUUCCGGACACUACCAGAGAUAACUGUAGACGAUGUUAAGCAUGUGACCGUCACGGGCCAGAUGUGCCCACACAGUGGGAUGGGCAAGUCGGUGUUCAUGAUGGAGGCGGCAGCAGCUGGCGCCCCUGCCACAGUGCUGUGUUCAGUCGAGGAGCUGGCACUGGCCUACUACAGACGCAGCGGCUUCGACCAGGGGAUUCACGGAGAAGGGUCCACCUUUACUACGCUGUUCGGCCUCCUUCUGUGGGAUGUCAUCUACAUGGAUGGGAUACCGGACGUCUUCAGAAACGCCUACCAGGCCCUCCCGCUGGACUUGUGUACAGACAGCUUCUUCGCAAGCAGGAGGCCGGCCCUGGAGGCCAGGCUGCGGCUGAUGUGCGGUGCCCCCGCUGAGACCCUGUGCACCUGGGUUGCAGCAGCGUGGCAGGCGCAGGCAGGCAGGGUGGCUGCCCUGGUCAGCUGGGAUCGCUUCACCUCUCUUCAGCAAGCACAGGAUCUGGUUUCCUGCUUGGGGGGCCCCAUCCUCAGUGGAGUGUGCCGGCGUCUAGCUAAUGACUUCCGACACUGCCGUGGGGGCCUCCCCGACCUGGUGGUGUGGAACUCCCAGAAUCAGCGCUGUAAGCUGGUGGAAGUUAAAGGCCCCAAUGAUCGUCUUUCACAUAAGCAAAUGAUCUGGCUGGCUGAACUGCAGAAACUGGGGGCUGAAGUAGAAGUUUGCCACGUGGCUGCAAUUGGAGCUAAGGGAAAAGGCCUUAGCUAAGAACGGUGGAAUUUGGACUGUCUCGUCAUAGAUUUGAGAUCAUAUUUUCAAAAGCAUAAAGCACUGUUAUUUAAUUUCAAUUUUGCUUUUGUUAUAAACCUGAGUGCUUAAUGACUCAUUGUACAGUGUCUAUAUAGUCACAAAAUAUUUGCUUGAAUAUGCACAUCCGUUACCCAAAGUAGGUAAUAAAACUUUUUAAAAGUCAAAA